AUGCUGCACCGCUCUUUCUUUCGCUUCGCUGCACUAGCGGACAAGAAGGCGUUUAUGGAGCUCGUCAAGGCUCUCCGGUACCGUACAGAGGCCCCCAUAUCGGACUGCAGCGCUGCGCUCACGGAAGCCGCCGGGGACAUGGAUGCGGCCAUGCAACUGCUGCGCAAGCGCGGCGUUGCACGGGCGAUGAAGAAGGGCGAUUGCGUGACGGAGCACGGCUUCGUUGUGAGCUGUGUCGGAUCGACCCCAGCGAGCGGAGCGGCUAUCAUAACCAUGUGUAGCGAGACUGACUUUGCGGCCCGCAAUGAGCACUUCCAGAGGACAUGCGUGCAGGCGCGUGACCAGCUGCGCAAACUCAUGGACGCUACGAACGGGGCAGUUCUCGCAAACCCCGAGGAAGCUGCCAAGCAGCUGAGCGACAUCAUGGGAGAGGAGCUGCGUGCGGCCAUCGCUGUGCUUGGGGAAAACAUGCGAAUACGCAGCAUCGCCCCACUCGUACCGGCGCCGCACAUGUCCGAGCGACUUCUUGUUGGAAGCUACACACACGGUGUCUUGAACGUCGAUGGCGUCGGCCGCAUCGUGGGGCUCGUGGCGGUGAGUCAAGUUCGGGAGAACGAAGUGAUUUCCAAGGAUGUGCUGACUUCCAUCGGUCGCCAUUUUGUGGCCACCUCAGGUGCCGAGGGCAACUACGCGCACCAGAACUUCUUCGGUAGUGAGACGGAGACGGUGGGCAAGUGGCUGAAGCACCACGGUCUCACGUUCAGCAGCAGCCUUGUGCAGGAGUUUGGGAAGGAACCGGUCGUGCACACCGCGGCUGAGCCCCACCAGUAG